AGAUGAAAUUUAUGUUUUUUUGUGAUUAUUAUUUAGUAAGUUCAGACUCAGACUGAGUUUUCAAUUAAAAAUAACUUAUUUUAAUUUUUUUUUUGUUUUACAAGAAAAGUGAUAGGAGUGAGUUUCGUUAAAAUGAGCAGUAUUCCAAAAAUAUGUCUUAAAUUGAAUUUGGCAUUUUUUAUCGCGAGUGUUUUUGGUUCAAUGCUCCCUCCUGUUAUGAUUCGACACCCAGAGGACGUUGCGUUGAGCACAGAUGAAUUAAGGACAGAUGAAGAUGAUCACUGUUAUCUCUUUCCUUCCUUCACUCUUCACUGUAAGGCAGAGGGAGAAAUGGUAAGCUACACCUGGACAAAAAAUGGUCUUCCUUUUAAUGUUACGAAUAAACGUAUAAUCACAGUCGCUGACAAAGGCAGCAUAACGUUUAAAUUGCCAAAUGACGGUGAUGCUGGCACAUACAAGUGCUUUGCCAAUAACACCUAUGGAAUCGCUGCAUCCAAUCCUGCAUUUGUCAGAAAAGUGUGGAUGCAAAAGAUGACAACCAAAAUUCAACCAAGAUACAUAACUCAGAACCAAGGUUAUAUUUUGCCAUGCAUCAAAAUCAAGGGCUGGCCCCAACCCGAAUAUUACUGGACAAAAGACGGAGGCCAAAACGCUGAAAACGAUUAUUUUCAAAGUGUAACUAAAAACGACAACGACGAUUUAGUAUUUUCAUUCGUGAAUUUACCUAAAUUAGAUAAACAAAAGAAUAAAAUAUCAAAUGGAUUGUAUGAAAAAGAAAUAACUGAUUUGAAUGUAUUUAACGUUUUCACUUGCGUUGCCAAAAACGAUUACUACAGCCAAGAUGUCGCCACAUACAGCUUUCAUAAAUUAGACGACACCAGAUAUCUAUAUGGAAUAAAAAAAAUGGUAUCAGAUGCAAAACCCAGACUCCUAUACUUCUCCGGCGAGCAAGAAUACGCUGUAAAAAACCAAGAAUUUGAUUUAUUCUGCAUUUACUCCGGAAUGCCCCUUCCACAAGUUUCCUGGUACAAAAACGAUGAGAAUUUGAUUGUAGACACUCCUCGGAUGGUUCUAGAUGACACUGGAAAGAAAUUACAUUUCACAGAAGUUCACCUCAAAGACCAGGCUAACUACACUUGCCGUGUGAAUCAUACGUUUUAUGGCAAAUGGAUGAAUGAGGAACAAAGCCACAGUACUUUUCUUUUUGUAAAUGUGACUCCAACAUUUAAAUUAAAACCAAAAAGUAUUAAUAUAACUGAAGGGAGAACUGUGUAUCUGACUUGCAUAGUCAACGCAAGACCAUUGCCAAAAAUAACUUGGUCGUUUAACGCAAAUGAUUUGAAUUAUGAUUCCAUUCAUAAUAGCAGCGAUUACGAUUUGAAAACUUUACAAAAAGAGGACUCUUUGGAAUCGGUGCUAAUUAUCAGACAUGUAAAUUAUGGGCAUAUAGGAAACUAUGCGUGUAAUGGUUCCAAUAUUCUUGGUUAUGUAUUCGAUGAUUUCUACGUUAACGUGACACCAAGAAGCUCUGCCAGAAAAUAUGUUGCGCUUGUUGCAGCAGUCUUUACCUUCUUCAGUAUUUAUUUCAUCAUUUCUUCUAUAAAAAUAAGUCAUCAUAAAUAUAAAGCGUUACUAUUAUCGGAUGGUUUUAUCAUUGAUGUGGAAUCAACAGAGACACGCCAUUUUGACCGGAAAAAUCUGGAACUUCAAGAAAUUAUUGGAUCAGGCAACUUUGGCAGAGUCCAUAUGGGCGAUGUCUUAUUGCCAGGAUUGGACAAACAAUCUAAGAUAAAAGUGGCCAUAAAGACCACACAGGAGAACGCCAGCAUUAACGCUCGCUUGGACUUGCUGCACGAACUCAGUAUCAUGAGGAAGCUUGGUUUCCACGACCAUGUCAUCAAGUUAGUUGGGGCGUGCACUGGACAGUCUCCAGUCUAUGUCAUCAUGGAAUUACUGAGUGGGUCGUUACAUCAAUACCUAGUAAAGGCUAGGACCAGCAAACAUUACGCCUUGCCAGUAGAAGAUACUAGAUCCAUUACAUCACAGAAACUAAUGGGAUUUGCCAAACACAUAGCGAUGGGUAUGGCACACGUUAGCUCAAAAGGAAUAGUACACCGUGAUUUGGCGACAAGAAAUGUUCUCAUAAGUGAAGAAAUGAUUUGCAAAGUCGCUGAUUUCGGACUUUCCCGUGAUAUUUCUGAAAAGUCAAUUUACAUUCGUCAUAGCAACACUCCACUUCCUAUCAGAUGGAUGUCUCCGGAGUCACUGUCGGUUGGAGAGUCGAGUGUGAAGUCGGAUGUGUGGAGCUUUGGGGUGCUUCUCUGGGAACUGGCCACGCUGGGGGCUACGCCGUACCCCGACAAGAGUGUGGGGCAAGUGCGGCAGAUGAUUGGUGAUGGUGAAGUGAUGGAACGACCAACUACAAGCCAAGCGGAGUUAUACGAUCUCAUGUGUGAUUGCUGGCAGUUCAAACCAACCAAUAGACCUGGAUUCAGUGCUUGCGCCACUACCAUAGAAGCCUUAUACCAGAUGAAUAAAAAUUAUAUCCGUUUGGAUUUUUUCCCUGAAAAUAAGUAUUAUCAUCUCACAAAUGUUGAAGGUGAGAUUGUUUAGUCGGUUUUAUAUUGAAUUUGAAAGGGCCUACUAGUGUUGGAAAGUUUCGUUGGGAAAUUGUGUAAUACAAACUUACUCAUUUUACUAAAAAUAAAAUUCUUAGACGAGCACGUGUUGUGAUUUCUAAACAUUAUUAUAAAUCCGCUUAUGUGCGAACAAAAGCUAACGGCGCGACAUAAAACGCCUGUUUACGGAAAACUUUAAUGAUUGUGAGUCGUCAUAAUAAUUUAUCAUUUUUAAUAUAAGUACUAAAGGAAAUAUAAUCGCUAAGAGUAUCUAAACAACUUUUACUUCCCCUUUCUUUGCAACUCUAUACAUACAUUAGAGGUUCUUCAAAACAUUUUGAUCAGGUCACGUAAGAAAACAAUAAGUUAAAACAGUAAAACUAGAAAGUAUCUAUAAAAUAUUUUUAUUUCAAUGUGGAUGGCGUUCACUUGGCUUGAAAAGGUCACGUUUCAAGACUACUAGCAGGUCUGAACUGGCCAAGUCACCCGCUUUUUCUUCUCACCUUUAACUCCUAGGGAAUAAGGUUUAUUCCUGAGUGUUGAUAUUGAAACAUCUCGUUUAUAGGACAGUAAAGACGUUAGAGUCAAGAAUGAGAGUUCUGUUUGACGAUACGUACGUUUCAAACGUUUUGUGGGCGUGUUUUUAAAGUAGGUGGUAAAGUUUUUUUCAUUUAUUAAUACUAAUUAAUUAAUAUUAUAAUUUAGUUUAUACACUGGCUAGCAAUGAAAAAGUUCCACUUAUGAAAUUCCGUCACCAAAUGUCCCCGAUGCGCUGUUAAACGUUUUCUUCAAUAUUACAGAUGCGUCAUCAUUAAGCCAACCUUUUUCCGUUUGGGAGUAAUUUGGUGCUAAUAGUAACAAAAAUACAACGAGGCUACCUUUUCUUCCAAUGAACGAUCGAAGU